UUUUGUGGAUUGAUCAUGAUUAAUCACAUAUUACCGAUAUUCUCGGUAUAUUUUGUGAGAACAUAGAGAUUUAUGACAAAAGACGGAUAUAUACAUUUAUGCAUUCUUCUAUACAAUGGUGCUGCAACUCAGCAGUUAUAUAGCAGUUUUCUUCCAGAUGGAACAUUAAUACAUCUUCAUCCUAAACAGAAUGUUUAACCCUCCUGUUACCUUUCGGGUCAAUUUGACCCCAUUCAAUGUUUAAUGUCGGUGUUCUUUGGGGUCAAUUUGACCCCAGGCUGUUUUUCACUGUGUCAAACAUAUAAGAAAUAUCAACUUUGUUAUUUAUUUAAAGGGCUAUUUAGGUAGUCAACAAACAAACAUAAAGUACCUCACACUUAAACUUGGGAAGCAAUAUUAAUUCUAAUAAUUUUCUGGAGGUUUUAAUUGCUGGGGUCAAAUUGACCCCGAGGGUAAAAUAUGUUAGUAAAUGUAAAGGUAACAGGAGGGUUAAACAGAGCAUUUUUCUCUUGUUGGUCAACCAUUAACUCCACCAUGACACAAUCUAAAGGCCUCUAGUCUUCCUCUAGCAGCUGCUGAGGCAAACUGACUGUGUGGGUUUUCUUCAUGAACUGGGCCGUGAUGAAAGGGACGGCGGGGACACCGCUGCAAAGCUGAAACCUCACCGGCCCGGACACGGGGACAGAUUGACAAGUGACUUUUUUUUUGCUCGGUCCCGAUGCGCGCGCACGGAGCUCUGUGGCGCGCGAGACGAAGAUCGAUAAGUGUUAACGCAAUGCGAAGAGACAGAAAUGACAUGCUGCUGUGGAGAUACGAUCAACAACAGACGUUUAGUUUAAUAAAAGAACAAAGACGUGCUCUAGAGAACAUGUCAGGGGGCGGGCCAAUCUCUUUAAUGUCAUGCGAUCUACCGACACUACGCCGCGAUCGACUGGCAGGUCGCGAUCGACGUGUUGAGACCCUGAUCUACAGGAAGUAAAAGUCGUAACAAGGUUUCCGGAGGUGAACCUGCGGAAGGAUCAUUACCGAUGAACAGACCGUCUGCAUGAGAGCGGACAGAGUUCAGAUUGAAGUGGUGUAUUGGAAGCUCAUUUUGCAAGUGACUUUUUUUUCGUCCCAACGACCAACAACAGACGGAUUGGAAGCUCAUUCUGCGCAUGCGUUAAAUGCGUUUAAAAAAAAAAACUAGUUAAACCUGUAAUUGAAUUAACUGAGUUAACGCGUUAUUUUUCACAGCACUAAUAUAUAGAUAUUAUUACUCCAUUCUAUUAUUACUCCAUUCAGAUGCAUUGAUGUACAAAGUAUUAUCCAUUAUAAUACAUUAGAAUCUACCUGUGGAUUAUAUUAUAUAUUAUAUAUAUUAUUAAACACAACCUGUGAAGUGACUGCAGCGAAAGUAAAAGUACAAUGUUCCACUAGAAACAUAGAAAACUAAGUAAAGUUCACGUUCACAUUGUCAUAUUUUCUAUUUUUUUCUCCUCUUCAAACUAUCCAUUCAUACACACGUACAGUACGUACAGGGACCGGACUUACGUAUACAAUAAAAAGAAAAAUCCCCCCCCCCCACACACACAAACACACAUUUCUACAAGGCUGAGUCCCCAUUGGCUGCAGCUGAUGAAUGAGCGAGUGCUCGACCAAUCAGGAGCAAGUGCUCAGUGAAUAUGUAAGCCGAUGUGUUAUCGACUGGCUGCACUCUGACACUGUCCGUCCACCCCACACACACACUUACACACACAGUGAGUGGCAGAAACACACACACACACACACACACACACACACACACAGUCGGCUUUAUAUUCUUUUUCAUCAUCUUCAUCAUCAUCUUCAUCAUCGUCGGUUGUCUGUCAUCCGUCCAUCAUGAACAGCAAAGACCAAAUCAGUCACGACGAAUACCAGAAGACAGCCGAUUGGCUGAGGGCUCAGACUAAGCACCGCCCCCAGGUGGCCAUCAUCUGCGGGUCCGGACUGGGCAUGCUCGCCGACGCGCUCAAGUGUCAGGACUCCUUCGCUUAUUCUGACAUACCGGGCUUCCCACAGAGCACAGUGCAGGGUCACGCAGGUCGGCUGGUCUUCGGGGAGCUGAAGGGGAAGACGUGUGUGUGCAUGCAGGGUCGCUUCCACAUGUAUGAAGGACACUCACUCUGCAAGACCACGUUUCCCGUGCGGGUCUUCAAGCUCUUGGGGGUGAAGACUCUGAUCGUGACAAACGCUGCCGGCUCAUUGGCCGACGGCCUCCAGCCCGGUGACAUCAUGAUCAUCAAAGACCACAUCAACUUCCCCGGGUUGGUCGGCCUGAACCCGCUGAGCGGCCCGAACGACGACAAGUUCGGGACUCGUUUCCCGGCCAUGUCGAAUUGCUACAACAAAGAGCUGCGUUGCCUAGCGAUGGACAUCGGGAAGCAGAUGGGCGUGGCCAGCCUCCUGCACGAGGGCGUGUACGCCAUGGUGGGCGGGCCCAACUUUGAGUCCGUCGCCGAGGCCAAGCUGCUGCAUCGACUCGGUGUGGACGCCGUCGGUAUGAGUACGGCUCCCGAGGUCGUCGUGGCGACUCACUGCGGUCUGAGAGUGUUCGGCCUCUCUCUGAUCACCAACAAGGUGGUGAAGAGCUACGAGGACACGGACAGCGUGAACCACGAGGGCGUCCUGGAGGUCGGCCGGCUGCGCGCUCAGACGGUUCAGCAGCUGGUGACCGAGCUGAUCAGCAGGAUGGACAUCAAGAACAACUCCACCAAUAAUGACGUCUGAGCACGCACACACACGCCGCACACACACACACACACACACACACACACACACACACACACACACACACACACACACACACACGCUGUGUAUGUAUAUUUGAUUGUUGUGUUUACAACAUUUUCUAGAGCUUGUUGGUAUUGUUUCACCCUCCAUGUUACUUUGUCCUUUUAUAUUUAUAUAAACCUAAUAUUUCUCUAUCAGGUUGCAUUUGAGUGUAAGUAUUGAUGUGUGAUAUUUUAUGUUGAUCCUACAGAUUAAUAUAACGAUGACUUGUGUACCUGAUGGUGCUUUAAUAUUUAAAAAAAACAUAUAAGACGAAGAUGUUUCUAAAGAUUCUUCUCUCGUACAUUUUAUUUUGUAAAAACAUUCACUUCCUGAUCGAUAAUCUGAUUAAAUAACAUGCUGACAACCCGC